AUGGCUUUCGCAAUUUCGAUCGGCUUCUCCGGCACCAAGAUGCAGCGCAGCUCGGUGGCUAAUUCACGGGCGAGCUCGCUGCGAACCCGGCGCUUGCACGCGUUCGCCGGGUUUCCGCUUGUUGGAGCUCGUGCAUCUGAGUUCUCGGGGGCACAUCCACUUGGUCGACGGCAAGCGCUGAGGAGCAUGGGGCAGCGUCAUGGAAUCCAGGGCCUCCAGUGCCGGAGCGCAGCGAUAAUCGUGAAUCCUCCGUCGGGUGGACACGCCUCCAUCGGUCUCUACCUCGCGCGGCAGCUGUUAUCUCUUGAUUUAGAAGUGUAUCUGCUUGUGGCGGGCCAAGAAGACAAAUACCGCUCCAAGCAGCCGAACAGCGCCCUCUUGGGUCUUCGCGAAGCGGAACCCCACGCAGCGUCUUUCCAUAUCUCGUUCGGUGACGCCGACGAUCCCUCGAUACUCAUGAAUAUGGUCCAGACACGCCGCCCAUCGGCGGGACCAAUCGCAGCCUUCAUAGAUAAUCGAUCGCAGACGUUGGAUGAGGCCCUUCUGCUGCAUAAAUUUGCCAUGGGACUCAACGCGGAACGGUAUCUCUACGUGAGCUCCUGCGGCAUCUACGAGCCGGGUGACUACGCGCCAUUCAUCGAGACAGACCAGGUGAGGCAAAGCGCGGGUCAGGCGCAGGUGGAAUCACGUUUUUUGCGGGACAGUGUGAUCCCAUUUGCAGCCUUUCGUCCGAUGUAUAUCAUUGGCAAACACGCGGCGAAACUUGACUAUACAAAUUUCUUCCUCGACCGAAUCACGAGGAAACGACCCAUACCUUUACCCGGAAAAGGCAAUGCAUUUGUCAGUCUGACGCAUGCUGAGGAUGUUGCCAGCAUGCUUGCUUGUGCUGUACUAGCGCGACCGGACGAGGUGUCUGGCCAAGUAUUCAACGCAGUGUCGCCGCGGUAUGUGACGCUCAAGGGACUCGCAGAGAUGUGUCACCGCGUCGUUCACGGCGACAAGUCGAAACCGGAGAUCAUCUAUUACGAUCCGGUGAAGCUUGGCAUUGACCCCAAGGAGGCAACAGGUCUACCGUUCCGGGUUUCGUAUCCAUUUAUCGCAGAUCCUGGCAAAGCGAUGCGUUUGCUCGCUUGGCAGCCGCGUCACGACCGCACGCUGCAAAAUGAUCUGCAGGAAAUGUACGAGGAGUAUCUUGAACUCGGACUGCACGAGCGUCGCGUCGAUUUAACCAACGAUGAUCGAAUCGCGCGCAGUGUGGGAGCAGCUGCGAAAGCGGCCGCAGCGAAGUAA